CUCUUAUCGCAUUCAAAGAUGUCUUUAGAGCAGUCGAAUCUACGUUAGUGGCAACUUAUUCCACUUGCAUCAUAGAAAAGCCCAAAGAAUUUCUUUUUAAUUUCUUUCGUAGUUAUCGUACAUUAUCGUUCAUGUUCGAUCGAAAUAAUAUGAUAAUUACUUCGAUAAUCACGGCUGAAAUUUCGAGGGAGUUCCGUGCUUUUAUCAAAUAUAAAUGGAGAGUCGAAGGGAUCAUUUUUGCCAGAGAUAAAAGGGGAAGAUAUCAAAGGACCCUUCUCAUUACGGUCGGUGUAUAAACGUCUAUUAGUCGUUGUCCCGCGUUUACGAACUUUCAAAUGCAAUUCUUCAAAUUUAAUUCCUAGUUUGGUAUACCGAUGGAAAUCGAUGGAUCUCUCCCUCUCUCUCUCUCUCUCUCUCUCGUCGUAUGAAAUCAUUUUGCAAGAUUCCAAGGAUAUGCGUUUGUGUGGUGUGUGUAGCUCUCGAUAUGGGAGCAAAGUUAAAAGAGAGAGAGAGAGAGAGAGAGAGAGAGAGAGAGAGAGAGAGAGAUUUCAAUCUCGCCCGAGAGGUUUAUAGCUCCCUGUAAAUUCCUCGAUCCAUCGUUAGCGUGUAAAAUACGGGUCAGCAGAGGAGAGGUCAAACGUGGAAAAUCAUCGUUAGACAUAGCUCGUCCGAUUUCUCGCAUGGCGAAAGGCCAGAGAUCGCGUCUGUAAAAUUGCCGUAGAAUUCUUUCGAUUGGCUCGUCUUCUCUCUUUUUUCUUUUUUUCUUGAAUUAUUCCUUUCCUUUUUCUCUGCUAUCUACGCGAAUGAGAAAGAGAUCGGAUGAGCGGAAAAUCGAGAGAAAUAGAAUAUGUACUAAAUAGCAACCAGUAUAAAUACAUUGUUUAAUGACGUCUGCGUUGAGGGGUUGUUACGCUUUGUCUCGGCGUCACGAGUAUUGAUCCCCACGGAGCGGCUAUGCGAAUGGAGUACACCCGUCUCUCCGAAAAAUUUCGGAAAUAGAUUCCCAUCUCUCUCGUUCAUUCUUCCUUCCUUUCUUCAACUGGGUAUUUAUUCCGUCCUCGCUUUGUCACGUUUUCUCACGAAUUAGAUCGUGCGAUUAUCUAAUAUACACGUACUUUGGUAUUUCUUUCAAAUGUUGCGACCUUUCUCCUUUCUUCUCCGAAAAGUUUAUAUCACUUUUUAAUUUUCUUGAGAUUUUAAUCCUAUUGUAAAAUCGCAAAAAUUCUUCGACGGAACGUAGAACGUUCGUCGUUAGUCCUGUUAGUUAGUUCGGUCCAAACUGGAUCCUUUCACUGGCUUUCUCUCGUAUUUCGAACCGUUUGAAAUUCUCUUUUCGUUUAUUUAUUCCUCGCUUUCGUCGUCCCUUCUUCGUUCCUUUCUCCCCUUCUCUCCGUCUCUAUGUCUCUCCCCUAUCGGAAUCUCGCCGCGUCAAGGGUCUCGCACCAAUGCGUUGAGGCACUUAACGUAAAACACAUUAGCAUAUUCGGUGGACCCUGAAUUUUGCUGUCGCUGCAAGUCACCGAGUUAACGAAGUCAGGUGGUUCGACCGAAACUAGUUUAUUAUACUCGGUAUUAUGCGUGUAUUCCCUUUGAUAUCAAAGGGUGUACGGGUACUUAAAUUUUUUUGACGAAUAGUAAAAUAAUAAAGUAGUUUAUCGGAUCGUGCCAAUCUACUUUUAAUCGAUAUCCGACAACGAGUAUCGAUUACGUUUAAUCGGACGUUUUAAUCUCAUAACGGUUACGGUGCAAGUUCCGGAGCACCGCAUGUUCCUCGAUCGGAUCGAAUCAUGGCGAAAGAUCAAUCGUACGUACAUACCACCUCUCCAACGACAGAGAAGUAAUUUUGGCGGUAGAAAGAUAUUUAGGCUGCAAGGAGGAGCGAAAGAUAACCUUUCCUCGCAAUUAUCUAAUUAUUGACGUCCGACGGAACGUCUUUAUCGUCUUUAUCUCUUUCGUCGUUAAAAAAGUUAGAAAAUCACUUUUCCCAUAAAUGGCUUUCUCUUUUUUUUUUGUCCUUGAUAAAAAGGAUUGAGGAUCCCUGGGAAGCCCGAAAAAGAUCUAUUCGAUCUUUACGAGUACGUGUUACGAUAAUUGUUAAAAUUUCCAAAUGAAUAAAGAUGGUUCGGACCGUUCGUCCUGUACAUUAUAGACGUACACUAAACAUCCCGUUUCGGCUCUCAGAUCGUAGCAUCGAACGUGGAUCAAAGGAAUUCGAUGAAUUCAUGGGGCUCCGAUUUGGCGAAGCGAUGUUCAUGGGCGAAGAAACGUUUGGACGUGCUCGUACCUUUGGGAAUGAUUCGUGGCAGGUACUGGGAGAUCGACGCGAUGGAGGAGAUCAUCAAGUACACGACCAAAUGUUUGCUCAACGACGGACUGCUUGGCUGCUUCGUCAAUUCGAUCGUUUUGAACAACAGAUUGAUCAAGAUAUGCCGAGAAUUGGACGCCUUGGGUUUCGAUUCGAACGUCCUUAGUAAUUUCAAUCUGUCGAGAGAAGACUGCGAGAAAGAUCGCGUGUUAUUGGAGAAAAGAAGAAGAAGGGAGAAAAUGAGAAAAAAAGGCACGGGAAAGAGUCGAGAAGAUUUCUCUCGCGAUCACAGAGCAGAAGUUAUUUUAGGAAGUGUGAAAGCAUCCGCAGCAUCCAUCCAUCCGUUGAACGGAAGCGCUUGCAAAAGAGCAGCUACUUACGAUUCUCCUAGCAACGAAAAAAUCGAUCGUACCGAACGUGUGGAAUCGCGGGGCAUCUUUGAAUCGAACGAGGAGUAUUCUCGUCGAUUGAAAAAUUCUUCCGACUUGCCCGAUGCAGUACGCUACGAUGGAAACGAUAAUGCCGGAAGAUCGAAUGCCUCGAACGUGUCUCCUCGAGACGAUGAGAAAGGGAACAAAUGUCAAAGUUCAUUUACGCCGAAUUCAACCUGGGAUUGUCGUCGUCGUCGACGUCCUCGUCCUCGUCGUCGUCGUCGUCGUCGUUGCCGUUGCUUGAUCUCUUUAAAGCCAAGGAUAAGAAGACAACGUCGUUUAUCUUUGCCCUUUAAAGCCGACGAUGUGACGCGGGAGAUUUUCAAGGUCGAUCCAAGCCUCCUCCGCGAAUCGUGCCUGAUCGCGACUAAAAGAAAAUUCGAAAUGGGAAUCUUGAAUCUAUGCUCAUGCCUCAACGACGUCGUUCGAAAAACAUUCAGCCAAACUACUAUCGUGGAGCUACAUUUGAUUUUGGACAUUCGUACAGGUUACAUCAACUUCAAAUUGACAGGUAGAAAAAGUGACGAGGCGAGGGCCUCUCUGUUCUUUUCCAAUCGAGUCCGAGUACCGAUCCGUCAGAGCGUGCACGGGCGUGACGUAGGCGUUGCUGGCAAAGGCGGCGAGGCUGGCCCGAUCGACGAAGGUACGGUUUUUUUGAAAACUAACGAUUAUAACGACGAAAUGAAUGAUUUAUCGAUCGAAGCAAAGGGAAACGAAGAGGCAGAGGGAGGAGAAGGAGAAGAAGAAGAGGAAAAGAAGGAUCUCUCCGUACGUACGAGACGUGAAUCGUUAAUAGGGAAUAUCAGCGAGGAUUUCUCGUUGACGCGUUCAACGACAGGCGAACGACUCGAUGUUGACCCUACGUGUCUUUCAAACGAAGAAAUUCUAUUCGAUCGAACCACCGAGUGCUCCUGUCUUCCUUCUUGCGAAACUCCGAUCGUCCUGUCCCAUCCGUGGAUCGACGAGAACGCGAAUAUUUUGAAGGAGAUGAACUCUUCUCCGUCGGAUAUCCGCAAGAACAAGGAUGACACAUUGAAUUUGACGGAGUUACCGAGGGAAGAGAAAACGAGCGAGGAUUCGAAGAUCAUCGAAGACGUUUGUACUCGAAGGCUAUGCGGUUUGGAAACCGAAGAAAUCGUUCGUCCGGUCGAUACGAGAGACGAGAACGAAGAAAUCGUUAGCAGUUGUGACUGUUCUUCGACGAGCACGGAUCGUUCAACGACGAGAAAAAUCUUUUCCAAGGGAGAAGCGACGAUCGAUUGCGACUCGAGGUGUUGCUGCGGUUCGAAAGUUUCUUCUACUUCUCACGUGGGACGAAAAAGUGCUGCUGCAUCGAGCGUCGUUUCCUCGAAAAACGAGGAAAAGCUUCGAAGCGCGUCGGGGGAAGAGAUCGAACGAGCGCAAAAUGCAUCCACGAUCGGUGCUUCGUUCCAUAAGGAUAUCCCAAAGGAUCAAGAUCGCCUCCUCUGUCCGGUGUUGAGAGAAAGUCAUAGGGGGGAUAACAGGGACUUUGUAUCGUCGUCGAUUCAAACGUCGAGAGCGCGAACGUCGUCGAGGUACGCGAACGCAAGUUCGACCGUUACCGUCGCCGCCGUCGGCGAGCGAAGGGAGAGGAGAACGCGAUCGAAGGAAAAGCUGAGAGAAGGGAGAUUUCGCGAUAAAGAGUCAUCGAGCGUGAAAACGCCGGGGAGGAAGAAGGAGUCGAGGCGUCCGUUUGUAGAAGCCGAUUACGAGAAACGAUUCCUCGCGGGAAAAUACAAAAGUCGUUUGCCCUACGUUUGUACCUGCGACACUUGGAAAUGUUCCUACGAUCGAAAGCGAAGGAAGCUUUCGAGCGACGAGUCGUGGACGUCGAGAAUAGAAAAUUACAUUGGCUUUCGAGGCUCGAACUUGGUUUCGAAGAAUUUCUGUCUGAGCUCCUUCUACGGUGGAAGGAGGUCCAUUGGUCGACUGAGGAAUAUGCUCCGUGCGAAUUUACGAAGAUUGAUACAAAGGGCCGAGGGGAACGUCGAGGAGACUGCCGACGAUAGGCGCUCCUCCGGAGGACCGUCGAGCAAGAAACCUCAUCGAGGGAGAGAAGAUGGAAGAGAUCGGAAAGGAACGGAAGCGAGAGAUUCGCGGAAAACUCCGGAAAAGCAUUUCGAUCGUAUUACGAUUUACGAUUUACGAUCGUCCCUCGACGAUCGAUCCCCGAUAGGUCGUCGAGCGACCACCUAUUCCCUAUCGAAAAUCGGAGAGGGAUCGUCGACUCGCCGGGAUAGCUUUCUACCGACUGGCGCUCGACGAUCGAACGAGGAAAGUAUUAAACUCGUCGACGGAUCCACAUCUCGUUCUCGUAAUUGCGAUCUGGUUUCGAAAAGAAAUUUCACGGACGGAGAGAGUGCGAAAAGAUCGAAGCAGAUACUAAACGAUCGAAAGACCGUCGACGGAACUUCGACCAACGGGAAACGGUUCGAACACAUUUUUCAACGAUUAUCGUGCGAAGAUAGAAAAGAUGUUCUUUCGAACGAACGAUUCAUGAACGAUUACGAGAAAUCUAUCAGCGAUCUUGGUUUAGAUUUUCGAUCCAAGCUGGAACAAUACGUGGCGCUCUGCAAGAACAUUAAGUAUUCUUUGUUGGGUAAUGGGAAAGGGGAGGAUGUCGGUGGCGUUAUGACCAAACAAUAAAUUCUUAUUCGAGGUCGAUGCUCGAGCUCUUAUUCGUUAAAAUAAGAAAUAAGCGGAAGGAAAUUUCUUAACGAGAGCAAAUAGCGUACGUUAGAGGAGAAUCUAGUCGUAGCGUUUAUAUCUCGCGCUUGCUCGGGACUUGGAGUCUCGUUUUCCCAAUCAAAUCCUUGUCCUAUCUUAUAUAUUUAAAAACGACCGAUUGAUAGUACGUACCUACCGAGGACGGAUUAACGAUCAGCGGUAAGACACGCCAGUAAGGAAUAGGCGGAUAUUAGCCGCGAGGAGGACGAGACGAUAGUGAAAUUCGAGUCGUAUUCGGGUCAUAGGACUGCCGAUGCGAGGAUAAAGAAUGACGGAGCUACCAUUCGGAGAAUAGCAGGCAGCCUCUGGAGCAGAUCGAUAUUUCCUGGCAACCGUGGAGAGGGUGCCCACGCCGCGGCCGCUUUACCCUCUGUUUGUAACAAUGCGAGUCGCCUCCUAACGUCUAGCGAUGGAUUCGAGCCGGCGCACCGACGGACAAGACUCGUCUUCGUUUCCUCGCUCACCAAAGAUAUAUCGCUUUUUUCCUCUCGAGCCUCGUUCUAUCGUUCGACCUUAUAUCGUAUUAUAUCGUCGAGCGUUGACUUCAAAUGUCCUUCCUCCUUCGCCGAUAUUAAUUCUUUUAAUAUUAACAACGAGAUAAUUAAGAUCGAUCAAAGAGAGGAGUAUUCGCUUUUGCGAGUCGUCGAAACCCCGAAGAGAAGAUGCGAGCUAAGAAACGAGCUACGUGUAUAUUUUCAUUAAAAUACAUCGACUUCCUUUUAGAAACCUACGAUAUUUACAUAAGAGACGUCGAAAUUAAUUGCCGAGGAUUUGUCAUUUUUCUCGACGACAACGAGCUUGCUACUUCGUCGGAAUAAGACGAUCUCGUCUCAACUCGUAGUUAAUGAUAUCCUUUUGCGGAACCUCUUGAAUCACUUUUCGAAGCAAGCGAUAUUUCAACGUAAAGUAAUAAGUUUAAGAAGCAAAAGAAAGAAAUACCUAUAAUAACGUCGCAUGUUUGAUAAGGUAUAUUUUCUAGGAAAGCUAUCGUCUCGAGCUUAUCGCUUAAAAAGUUAUAUUUGAAGAAAUAUCUUGCAAAAUGCUAAUCACCCGCGUUGAGGAUUAAAUAUCGACGGUUCGUUGAAACGUCGAAGAAAUCGCGAGCCUCGAUUGAAAUUGAUCAAACUCGUUACUAUAUCGAUUAAGGAACGAAGGAAGAGAGGUGAAUCGUUCGAUCGGAGUUCGAUCCAAGUGUGGGUGGUCGAAGGGCAGGUGGGGUGGAAGAAGCUCCGCCUGGGGUGGCCACGAGUGGGGUCGUUGGAUAAACUCUAUUGGCCAGUGAUAUCGAUGCGUCGAGCUCGUCGGCCAAUGGGAGCGAUCAAC